AUGUCUAUCUCUUCAGCCACCGCCAAAGAAUACGAGGAACAAUACUCUGCCCACAACUACCACCCGCUUCCAGUGGUGUUCCACAAGGCGAAAGGUGCGCACGUAUGGGACCCAGAGGGUAAUGAGUACUUGGACUUCCUCUCGGCAUACUCUGCUGUGAACCAGGGCCAUUGCCACCCAAAGAUCGUCGAGGCCUUGGUUGACCAGGCCAACAAGUUGACCUUGUGCUCGAGAGCGUUUUCUUCAGACGUGUUUGGCGAGUUUGCCAAGUACUUGACCGAGUACUUCAACUAUGAGAUGAUGUUGCCCAUGAACACCGGCGCCGAGGCCGUGGAAACGGCUCUUAAGUUGGCCAGAAGAUGGGGUUAUGUAAAGAAGGGAAUCAAGGAGGAUGAGGCCAUCAUUUUGUCCGCGGUAGACAACUUCCACGGUAGAACGUUGGGCGUUAUUUCUAUGUCCACUGACCCUGAUGCCACCACAAGCUUUGGGCCAUACUUGAAUGGCGUGGGCCCUCAGAUCCCUGGUGAGCCAAAGGGCACCUUGUUGAGAUACGGUGUCAUUGAGGAUGUCGAGAAGGCUUUCGCUAACGCCGGUGACAAGAUCGCCGCCAUCUUGUUGGAGCCAAUCCAGGGUGAGGCCGGAAUUGUCGUGCCUCCUGCUGACUACUUCACCAGAGUUCAAGAGCUUUGCAAGAAGCACAAUGUAUUGUUGAUUUGCGACGAAAUCCAGACUGGUGUUGCCAGAACCGGUAAGAUGUUGUGCUACGAGCACUACGAGAACGUCAAGCCAGACGUUGUCCUCUUGGGUAAAGCCAUUUCGGGCGGUGUCUACCCUGUUUCUGCAGUCUUGUCUUCAAAGGAGAUCAUGUUGACCUUGACUCCAGGCUCUCAUGGCUCAACAUACGGCGGUAACCCAUUGGCUUGCCGCGUGGCCAUGGCUGCUUUGCAGGUGGUGAAGGAUGAGAAUUUGGUCGAGAGAGCCAACACUUUGGGAAGUCUUUUGCGUAAGAAGUUGGAGGAGUUGCAAGCUCUGUCUGGUGGUAUAAUCUCCGAAGUGAGAGGCAAGGGCUUGUUGUCUGCCAUUGUCAUUGACGAGGCCAAGGCCAACGGCAGGACCGCUUGGGAUCUUUGCUUGCUCAUGAAGGACCAAGGUGUUUUGGCUAAACCAACGCAUGACAAUAUCAUCAGAUUGGCGCCUCCAUUGGUCAUCUCUGAGGAGGACUUGCUCAAGGGUGUUGAAGGCAUCAAGAAGGCUUUGGAGAAGUUGCCAAACGUUGCAAAGACUGCCCACUAA